UCUUUACAGCAUAUACCCAGUGAAACUGGCGGGAAUUAGCAACACAACAACUUCCAAAACCCUCUCCACGUACCCCCCUCUUCCCCAAACUACGGCGAACCACCAUGAACAGCGGCAACUCAAGGAAGCGAUCGGCGGCACAAGCGGUUGCAACGCCGUCGCCUCAGCAGCAGCAGAAACACCACGCCGCCAUGGAAGAAGAAGACCUAGACGAGGACGUUUUCCUCGAAGAAACAUUGCUUCAGUACGAAGAAGAUUCCCAAAUCCUCCGUGAACUCGAAGAGCGCCACGCCCUAAAUGAGCGGCUUCAGAAAUGGAAACGCCCUCCUCUUUCUCAAGCUUGCCUCUCUCAGUCCCAAAGCAUAUCGUUUCAGCAGCUGGAGAUUGACUACAUUAUUGGAGAGAGCCAUAAAGAAUUGCUGCCUAAUUCUUCUGGUCCAGCUGCCAUUUUAAGAAUCUUUGGGGUCACCAAGGAAGGAAAUAGUGUUUGUUGUCAUGUACAUGGAUUUGAACCAUACUUCUACAUCAGCUGCCCUCCUGGAAUGGGCCCUGACGAUAUCUCCCGUUUUCACCAAAUUCUCGAGGGUAGAAUGAGAGAGGUGAAUAGGAACAGCAAUGUCCCUAAAUUUGUCCGUCGCAUCGAAGUAGUUCAGAGAAGAAGCAUCAUGCAUUACCAAAAGCAGGCUUCUCAGCCUUUUCUCAAGAUUGUAGUGGCAUUGCCAACGAUGGUUACCAGUUGCCGUGGUAUCCUUGAUAGAGGUAUUCAAAUUGAUGGGCUUGGUAUGAAGAGCUUUAUGACCUAUGAAAGUAAUGUUCUUUUUGCUCUUCGCUUCAUGAUUGACUGCAACAUUGUCGGUGGCAACUGGAUUGAAGUUCCAGUUGGAAAAUAUAAGAAAGCUGCAAGGAAUCUCUCCUAUAGUCAAUUAGAGUUUGAUUGUCUCUAUUCUGACUUGAUUAGCCAUCCUCCAGAAGGAAAAUUUUCAAAGAUGGCUCCGUUUCGCAUAUUGAGUUUCGAUAUUGAAUGUGCUGGUCGUAAGGGCCACUUUCCUGAGCCUACUCAAGAUCCUGUUAUUCAGGUGGCCAAUCUAGUUACCUUGCAGGGACAGGAUCAGCCAUUAAUUCGUAACGUGAUGACCCUUAAGUCAUGCUCACCUAUAGUUGGGGUUGAUGUUAUGUCGUUUGACACAGAAAAAGAAGUAUUGCUGGCAUGGAGGGACUUUAUACGGGAAGUUGACCCGGACAUCAUAAUUGGAUAUAACAUCUGCAACUUUGAUUUGCCAUAUCUCAUCCGGAGAGCUGAAGUCUUAGGGAUGGCAGAAUUUCCUCUGCUUGGACGCAUCAGAAACAGCAGGGUUCGUGUAAAAGAUUCAACCUUUUCUUCAAGACAGCACGGGACAAGGGAAAGUAAAGAAAUAACAAUAGAAGGGAGAGUUCAAUUUGAUUUAUUUCAGGCUGUGCAAAGGGAUCAUAAACUAAGUUCUUACUCACUAAAUUCUGUCUCAGCGCAUUUUCUUAAUGAGCAGAAGGAGGAUGUCCAUCAUUCAAUUAUAUCAGAUCUUCAAAAUGGGAACUCAGAAACUAGGAGGCGGCUUGCUGUAUAUUGUCUAAAGAAACACCCCUUUGCUGUAGAAUGCUUCACUCUAAAGAUAUUUGCAAAUAAAGAAACCAAAUAUAGCUUCAUCAAGAAGAAACUUUAUGAUCAUUCACAAUUUGUGCUGUAUCUGUCAGUCUAUAAUUUCUCUAAGUGA